CAUAAAAUUUCUCAAAAUCAAGAAACGUCCAGCACCAGAUAAAACUCCCAACUUGCAGUACUGUCUCAACGUAUCUGCCGGAGCAGCUAAAAAUCCUUGAGUAUGUGCUUUUCUAUUCAACUUUGGUGAGAAUCAAGAUUUAGCACCAUCCCAUUUGCCAAUGACAUCAUAAGAGUCUCCUUCAUACACUACCUGCUUUUCCUGAAUCAUCAAUCGUUGUUGAAUAUUACUUUCUUCAGUAUAUAUACAUACAUACCUCUAGUCCUUUUAGAUGGCUUCUUGUGCAAAGGCUGCUGAUAAGUUUGCUCCAAAUACGCUACUCUACGAGAUGGCCUCGUUGUUGAAUAUUCUGGGGUUGUGUCUAUGGCUUUUCCUAACCUGCCAAGACUCUAAGAAAGUAGUUUCCCAGAACAUCACUCAGGGCAGUUUGUUUAUUGAUGGCUCGGCCUCAGUUGGGUCGACGGACGCAAACUUCAUUUGUGCUACAUUGGAUUGGUGGCCCCCUGAAAAAUGUGACUAUGGCGGUUGUAGCUGGGGGAAUGCUUCUCUUCUCAAUCUGGAUCUCAGCAACAAGGUUCUGUUAAAUGCAGUCAAAGCCUUUUCUCCCCUGAAAAUUAGACUCGGAGGAACUCUGCAAGAUAAAGUCGUCUACCAAAACGCAGAUGGACCACGAUCAUGCAACGAAUUUGUUAGGAGCAUCGAGAUGUUUGGUUUCACUGAAGGCUGCUUACCCAUGUCAAGAUGGGAUGAACUUAAUAAAUUCUUCACAUUAGCAGGGGCUGAGGUCAUUUUUGGUUUGAAUGCAUUACAUGGAAGAACAAUAGGUCCUGGUAAUAAUGUUAUAGGUCCCUGGAACUCCAGCAAUGCUGAAUCUCUGAUAAGAUAUACUGUCAGCAACAACUAUACCAUCUAUGGCUGGGAACUUGGAAAUGAAUUAAGUGGAAAUGGAAUCGGAGCAAGUGUUGCGGCAGAUCAAUAUGCAUCAGAUGUGAUUCAUCUUCAGAAUAUCGUGCAAGAUGCCUACAAGGACUUCCAGAGUAAGCCACUAGUCCUGGGGCCUGGAGGAUUUUUUGAUGCUGGAUGGUUUUCCCAGUUCAUUAACGAAGCUUCCAACUCUCUUCAAGCUGUUACUCACCACAUUUACAACCUCGGUCCAGGAAGUGAUGAUCACCUGGUUGACAAGAUACUCGAUCCAUCAUACCUUGAUGGUGGCUCGCAGCCAUUCCGUGACCUUCAGCGCGUCCUCAAAACUUCAGGAGCCUCAACAAAAGCAUGGGUUGGUGAAGCAGGAGGGGCAUAUAACAGUGGGCGUAAUCUUGUAACUAAUACAUUUGCCUUCAGCUUCUGGUACUUGGAUCAGCUUGGCAUGGCAUCCUCCUACGACACAAAAACCUACUGCAGACAAACACUGGUUGGCGGAAACUAUGGUCUACUCAACACUACCACAUUUGUCCCUAAUCCUGAUUAUUACAGUGCUCUUCUUUGGCACCGUUUAAUGGGAAGGAAUGUCCUAGCAACAAACUUGACAGCCAUAAAGAACCUACGUGCUUAUGCUCACUGCUCAAAACUUUCUCAUGGAAUAACAGUCCUCUUGAUCAACCUAGAUGCUUACGCGACAGUUCAGGUUGGUCUCUCAGUACAAAAUACCAUCCCCACAAACAGAACCUCGAUAUGGCUGCUGCAUCAACAUUCCAGGCACGGAAAGUUCACAAGGUAUAACCUUGAUAGCAGCAUGAGAAAAGAAUACCACCUAACAGCAAAACACGGCAAUAUACACAGCCAAAUAGUACUCCUUAAUGGAAAAAUACUUUCUGUGGACAGUUCUGGGACUAUCCCUCCCCUAGAACCCAGAACAGGAUACCCCUCAGACCCCAUUACCGUUGCUCCUUUCUCGAUUGUAUUUGCUGACAUCCCCAACAUUCUUGUUCCUGCUUGUAAGUAGGUUUACACGUAUAUAUUCUCGUCUGGUUAAGACCGGCCAUUAUACUAAAUAAGCACUCUGUCAUUAGCUCGA